AUGAACGUUCCACUGGCAUUCCCGCAGUGUACCAUGAGCUCACAGCAGCCACUCUCCCGCAUGCCGUAUCCCAUUACUAGCCUUUGUGGUCAUCGUCGAAGGAGCACGCCGGUUCCUGCGCGAACAGGAGAUGACGGAUGCAGCCAGACACCGUCAGCGCAAAGAGUAUCGCAGCGUCCUCCUGUGCCAUGCGCAUCGACAGAAGCCCCAACCCACAGUUCCCUGCUGCACGGCAGGCACACAAGAAGCGGCUGUGACUUAUACGAAGCAAAAAGCUCCACCACACCUUUCGCCAACUUGUAG